GUUGCUGCGUGCAAUGUGUAUCGUGUAGGCGUUGGCGAGGAGGAGACAAGUCGGGGAUGUGUCCGUAAAAAACUUGCGGUUUCUGCGUACUCUGCCGCACGUGCACGCUCGAAAUCGUGUUCCGCGAACGAUCGAGUCCCAACAAAAUCAUACUGCGUGUUCGCAUCAGUCGAAACUGUCUCGCGAACGGGCCUAACAAUUACGGCCAGGAAAAAAAAGUGCAGCCAGUGCUCCGUAUUCUUUCGUUUCUUCCAAAGGCCACGUAUCGUGCGUGUGUACCUCAAUCUCUUGUCACGGACGUUUAAGACGCGAGAAAAUAACUUGAAUCAGAGAAAUCGUCGAUUUGGUUCCACGGGACGAACGACGUGCUGCAGAAACGACGCCCGUACCAGGAUGCUAGAACAUCUUCGAAGGGCUUUCGAGUUUGUCGGUGUUAUUCGUGCGAAUUAAUUUUAACUCGACUCGUAGGAGACGAGAACGUAGCCUCGAAAAACGUACGGAUAUUAACACGAGAGAAAGAAAGAUAGAGAUAGAGAGACAGGGAGGAACCCGAGAAGAAAGAAACCGACGGAGAGCGUGUGUGCGGGAGAUGUUCGGAAUCUCGAGACGAGAUCCUGGUGCGGGAGGAUUCCACUAUCAGCGGCUACGAUCGAACGUAUUAUCACACGCCGGAUUCUUCGGUGUAUGAGACAGCAUUCACCGGUCGUGGGUCUCUCUCUUCUUCGUGUAAACGCGGCUGACUGUGUGUGCGUGUUUUUCCCGGCGAGGAAAUCUCGACUCGCGACGGCGGCGGCAGUGGUGUCUGUUGGCAUGAGAUUUUAUUGUCGUUCAGUCGGCACGCUCUCGUGGAACUAUCAAAGUCGAAUACGCGCCGUGCGGUUUAUGUGAUUUUUUGUGCGUGAGUCACAAUAGUGCCCGUUCUCUUUCCAGUGUCGAACGAAACUACUGUUCGACCGUCGGUGACAAAGGAUAUACGUUUCACGGAAGAGAUUUUUUGGUAGGGUGGCACUCGCUUCGUUUUUCCGUUUGCCCCUCGGGCUCUCGAUGAUUCCGAGCAUUAUCGUCGCACAGUUGACAGUGCGACUCGAACUACCCAUGUAAUCGUAUCCUCCCGAGGAAAUUACAUAUACAUCGGAGCCGAUUCGCGUGCGUGAAACGAAGUGGUGUGGAAGAAAACGUGCAGAGGACAGAGGGUGGAUGACACACACGGGACGCGUAUCGGCCGGCCGAGGGAACGAAUUUGCGGAUUCGUCGCCGGUAUAUUACGUCGUACGACAAAGCUUCUUGGAAUGUGACGGGGGACACCCGGCGUGGGAAAUAUCGUAGAAAAGGGGACGUCAUCGACUGCUGAGCGGCAAGAGACGAAAAAUCAGCUGGUAUGUCAAAUAAUCAGCUGGUUGACUCCUGUCUGCUGGUGAAUCGUCGAAUCGUCGAGAGACAGGAGCACAGCAUAACGCACACUGAGAUCACGCAGAGACGCGUUCUCCAGGAGAAGGGCCCCGACAUGCCGCAAUACACCGGACAGAGUGAUGCAGAUUACCACGGAAGUAACGGCCAGGCGGACACCCAUUCGUUGCAUUCGUCUCAUUUGUCUGUCCAGGAGGAUCCAUUACUCAUCCGGAGCCAUAAGCAGCAAACUACUCAACAAGUGACAAACGUGUCGAAGGUCGUCCGCGAGGUAUCACACAUGGAGCCGGAUCCAGGCGCGGUGAGCUACAUGUCAGUGCCGUUGAUGCCCCAGGACUAUCAGCAUGCGGACAGACGGUACCCGGCGGACUCCUACAUGGUCGGAUACGAGCAUUACGAGUCGUACCUCGGCUAUCCUCCGCAGCCAGGUUAUCCGGGUCCACAUGGCAUCUACAUGCCGCGCUCGCAUUCCCCUCACAGUCCUCAUAGCCCUUCGGAGCACAGUCGUGCCUCGCCUCCGCAUGAAUACCUGCGCAAGGCGGCGCCGUACGUGGAAGGCGGUUACAACGACAUCGAUCCAGGUUUGAAUCCCGCGUUGCAGGAUCAUUAUCGUAUUACACCUAGUCCUGGUGGUCCCGGAGAUCAAUAUGAUCAAAUCAGCAACUCUUGGAAUAUGGAUGACUCUGGCGAACCCUCUCAGCAUCCUCAUGACGAGAAUAAAGUGGCCUACGGUUACGUGUCUCCGUCCCCCUAUGGACCUGUUGGAUACGGCCCCGGCGUUGGGGUAGGUCCAGUCGCAGUUCCUAGCGAUGUACCCGGCUACGACGAAGGCCAUCCGGUGCCCUUACCCUCGGGUGUACCACCUGGGAUGUUCGACGACGAGGUCCAUCUACAACGGUUACAGUCCCGGCAUCCGGUGGUGCCAGGCAUGGCCAGUCCCCUGGACGACGACCAGAAGUCCAUGAGAUGGCGGGACCCGAACCUCUCAGAGGUGAUAGGCUUCCUCAGCAACCCGAACAACAUCAUCAAGGCCAACGCGGCCGCCUAUCUGCAGCAUCUCUGCUACAUGGACGACCCGAACAAGCAGAAAACGCGAAGCCUAGGUGGCAUACCGCCGCUGGUGCAGCUGCUGGAUCACGACAACCCGGACGUCUACAGGAACGCCUGUGGAGCAUUGAGGAACCUGUCAUACGGCAGACAGAACGACGAGAACAAGAGGGCUAUCAAGAACGCCGGCGGUGUCCCGGCCUUGAUCAAUCUGUUACGCAGGACGUCCGACGCCGACGUGAAGGAGCUGGUCACGGGGGUCCUGUGGAAUUUGUCCUCGUGCGAGGACCUCAAGAAGUCCAUCAUCGACGACGGCGUGACGAUGGUGGUGAACAAUAUAAUCAUCCCGCACAGCGGCUGGGACCCUAGCUCUUCCAGCGGCGAAACCUGCUGGUCCACCGUGUUCAGAAACGCGUCUGGCGUGCUGAGAAACGUCUCCAGCGCUGGGGAAUACGCGAGGAAGAAGCUGCGCGAGUGCGACGGCCUGGUGGACGCUCUCCUCUACGUGGUGCGAUCCGCCAUAGAGAAGUCGAACAUUGGGAAUAAGAUCGUGGAGAACUGCGUGUGCAUCCUGCGGAACCUGAGCUACCGGUGUCAGGAAGUGGAGGAUCCGAAUUACGAUAAGCACCCGAUUCAGUCGACCGUACAGAACAGGGUAGCCGCGCCGGCCAAAGGUGAAAACUUGGGUUGCUUUGGUGGCAGUAAGAAGAAGAAGGAUGGCCAACCAGUGCAGAAGGAGACAACUGCCUCACGCACUACCAGUCCAAGAACAGAACCAGUCAGAGGCAUGGAGCUGCUAUGGCAGCCGGAAGUGGUCCAGUCUUAUCUGAAGCUUCUGCAGACAUGUUCGAACCCAGAGACCCUGGAGGCAGCAGCUGGAGCACUCCAGAACCUCGCAGCCUGCUACUGGCAGCCCAGCAUUGAAAUUCGUGCAGCUGUGAGGAAGGAAAAAGGUCUUCCUAUCUUGGUGGAGCUGCUACGGAUGGAGGUGGACCGUGUAGUCUGCGCAGUGGCCACAGCUCUGAGAAACCUGGCGAUAGACCAGCGCAAUAAGGAGCUGAUAGGAAAGUACGCGAUGCGUGAUCUCAUCCAGAAGUUACCCUCAGGGAAUAACCAACACGAUCAGGGAACCAGCGACGACACGAUUGCCGCAGUCCUCGCCACUUUGAACGAGGUGAUCAAGACCGAGUUCUCACGAUCUCUGUUGGACGCUGGCGGUGUCGAUAGACUGAUGAACAUCACAAGGCAACGCCAGAAGUAUACGCCCCGUGUUCUUAAAUUUGCAGGACAAGUCUUGUUCACAAUGUGGCAGCACCAAGAGCUGAGAGACGUUUACAAGAAGCACGGCUGGAAGGAGCAGGAUUUCGUGACGAAAACGGUGGCAGCACGGAAUUCAGGGCCUAAUUCACCCAAUAACGCGAAUAGCACGCUGAACCGGCCGAUGGCGAGCCAAGGGAGCACCAGAUACGAGGACAGAACGAUUCAGAGAGCAAACAUGAACUCGAAUAACGUCGGUCGACCCACUAUAUAUCAGCCUCAACCGAAACCCGGUGAGCCGCUCUACGCGCAAGUUAACUUGGAGAAGAAAAAGAAGCGGCAGUAUGAGCUGGGGGUGGGCCAGGCGCAGGGUCAGGGCCCGGUCGUCGUCGGCUCGGGAGUGGGCGUCGCAGCCGGUGCACCCACGGCUGGCCAAUGGGUGGCCGACGGCGUGGGUGUCCCUGACGGGUCGGCUGCCACCGCGACAGUGAACGUUCCGCCGAAUUCCACGGUCGCCUCUGCCGGCGACUCCUGGGUAUAACAGGGUGUGCAUGGCCCAGCCGCCGUCCAGGAGGCUGUCAUCCUUCCCCCGAGGCUGCUGUACGCGUAGACGACGAGGUUCUCGCGCAGACACGGACGAGGACCGCGUGUCUGAUGAGAGGAUCGAACGAGGAGGAGAGGCGUUAGCUCGCUGGUUGGAGGGAAGAUCCGAGGGAAGCUUGCGGGAAGAUGGAACACUGGCUAGGGCAUUGACGAUGGGAUAUUCUUCGUUCUAUCAUUUCUUCUCGGUGUUACUUUCUUGAUAACGCACUGAGAAUGGUCCGAUAUGCUGGGAGAGACGAUGUAUGUCGGAGGGAAACGCAAGACUGAGGACAAGAAGGGUAUAGAGGUGUUAGUGGCUAAGGGACACAGGCGCUUCUCAGCGUGUAUAUCCAUGGAAGUUUCGGUAUCUGCUUAUGGCGCGGUCUUGUUGUUAGGAUCAAACGAUAUGUAAAAGUGAGCGAGAGAGAGAGAGAGAGAGAUUUAUGAAGUAUCGCACUCCGCACCCCACGUUGUAUCGAUGUAUAGUAGACACUGACAGCGACUUGUCCGACCACAUCCGCAGCAGUAGUCGCACUAAUGGCUCUAAAC